GUAUUGAUAGACACAUCAUCUAGAGUAAAUUUUAUUAGAAGAAGCUUGGUUGAUAAGCUCGAAAUGGAGUACACUAAAUAUAAAGAAAAAAACAGGUUGGAAUGUCUGGAUUUAUCUUUUCGAUAUGAGGGGAAAGAUAGACUAGUAUCUACUUAUGGUGACGAUGUUUUUAAUGAUUUUGUGGUUAUUGAAAAGCCGAAAGCAGACCUUGUAUUAGGAUUACCAUAG